GCCACUGCGCGAUCUAAUGAUGCGCUACACAGUCGUUUCAGAUGAGAAUGAGCCUCCAUCGCUGGCUGCUGAUUUCCAGGAUCGCAUUCGUCUAAUGAUCGCUGUUUAGAACCGAGUCGACCCGAAUACAGAACGAAACACCCAGUGCGACAUGGCACGAGACAAAAAGGACAGAGACAGCUGGGGGUCUUUCGUGGAUAAAAACGUGUAUGACUGGAGCUCAGAGGAGGAGGAGACAGACGGACGGGCACGUCCCGUGCAGGUGUUGGUGGUGAAAGACGACCACACGUUUGAGCUGGACGAGGCUGCGCUCAGUAAGAUCCUGCUGGCUGAAGAGGUCAGAGACAGAGAGGUAGUGGCCAUCUCUGUGGCAGGAGCCUUCCGCAAGGGCAAAUCCUUCCUCAUGGACUUCAUGCUGCGUUACAUGUACAGCCAGGCCAGUGAUGAGUGGCUGGGAGACCCGGACGAGCCACUGACGGGAUUCUCAUGGAGAGGAGGGUCAGAGCGGGAGACCACUGGCAUUCAGAUCUGGAGUGAAGUCUUCCUGGUGGACAAACCAGAUGGUAGCAAGGCGGCAGUGCUGCUGAUGGAUACUCAGGGGACCUUUGACAGCCAGUCCACUCUCCGUGACUCAGCUACUGUAUUUGCCCUCAGUACCAUGAUCAGCUCUAUGCAGGUGUACAACAUAUCUCAGAAUGUUCAGGAAGAUGAUCUUCAGCAUCUGCAGCUUUUCACUGAAUACGGCAGACUGGCCAUGGAAGAAACAUUCCUCAAACCAUUUCAGUCGAUGAUCUUUCUGGUGCGGGACUGGAGCUUUCCAUAUGAGUUUCCCUAUGGACAGGAAGGAGGAAUGAAAUUUCUGGAGAAAAGAUUGAAGAUCUCAGAGAAUCAACACGAGGAGCUGCAGAACGUGAGGAAACACAUCCAUUCCUGCUUCACCAACGUCUCCUGCUUCCUCAUGCCACACCCGGGACUCAAGGUGGCCACAAACCCACACUUUGACGGCAGAUUGAAGGAGAUUGAUCAAGAGUUUAUCAAUAAUCUACAAGUGCUUGUUCUGUGGUUACUAAGCCCCAAAAAUCUGGAUGUAAAGGAGAUAAACGGAAGCAAAAUCACCUGCCGUGGACUUCUGGAGUACUUCAAGGCAUAUAUCAAGAUUUACCAGGGAGAGGAGCUGCCACAUCCGAAAUCCAUGUUACAGGCCACAGCGGAAGCAAAUAAUCUGGCCGCAGUGGCUGCAGCUAAAGAUCUUUACAACAAGAAGAUGGAGGAGGUGAGUGGAGGAGAUCGGCCUUUCCUUGCACCGAGCGAGCUACAGGCGCGUCACUUGAACAUCCGUGAUGAGGCGUUGACGUUGUUUCGUAGCGUGAAGAAAAUGGGUGGGGAGGAGUUCAGCCGGCGUUACCUGCAGCAGCUGGAGGCGGAGAUCGAUGAGCUGUUUGUGCAGUACAUCAAACACAAUGACUCCAAGAACAUCUUCCACGCGGCACGAACACCCGCGACGCUGUUCGUGGUGAUCUUUGUGAUGUACGUGGCCGCAGGGAUCACGGGGUUCGUGGGUGUUGACAUCAUCGCAAGCAUCUGCAACAUGGUGUUGGGCUUCGCUCUCAUCACUCUGUGCACCUGGGCGUACAUCCGCUACUCAGGAGAAUACAGAGAACUGGGCGCCGUCAUUGACCAGGUGGCCGGAGCGCUGUGGGACCAGGGAAGCACUAAUGAGGCUCUGUAUAAGCUGUACAGUGUAGCGGCAAACCACAGGCAGUUGUGUAAUCACGCCUUCCCUGGACACCAGACUGACCAACAGCCUGAGCAGGACAAGAAACAAAACUGACCCCCCAUGGCUUCACACAGACGCACCGUGGACAGAGACAGUGGAGCGUCCAGUCAGAGCGAGAAAGAGACGAGAGACUGUUCGGCACUACAGCAGAAACAUAUCACUACAAUCACACAUCACAUCAACAUCCUGCACCUACAGUUCAGGCCCAGGGUCAGACAGAGAAGACGCUGGUGUGGAGACUGUGUCGCUUGCGCCUGCAUUAGAAAAUCACAGUAUUAGUUCUGUCAGUUCACCAUUUUGCCAUCUUCUCACUGUAAAUACUGAUACUCUCUCUGACACUCACAUGAAAGCAGUCUGUUCUUAUUUUGUAAUGGAUGUUGUAUGUUGAGUUCAGUGCUAUUUAUAAGGGAAUAAAACACUAAAUGUUUAAAAACACAAGUAUUAGUCAUUAUCAUAGGCCGAACCAUGUGUUGCAGUGAUUUCACCUUCCAUCCCAUCAUAUUUGGGUCGGUAUCAUUGUCCAUUGUUUGUUUCAGAGGCAUAAAAACUGAAACAAACUCAUUGGUAAUCACAGUAGAGCUCAUGGGCUACUAUUUGCAUUUGCCAAGUGUUUCCAUAACAGAAAAUCACCAUGAAAAAAAUUUAUCCAGCUAAUGCUCAUGAUGCGGUCACAUUUAUAAAGACUUCUUUUGAACAAUAAAGGGAUAUUUGUGGCGGUUCUGUUGAUGGAGUUGAAUCCAUCGAAGACAAACUGUUAUUGAUGUAUUUAGGAAAAAAAUGUGUGCUUCUAGACAAUUUAUAAAUCAUAGCAACUUUCCAGAAACUAUUGUAUAUUCACAUUAAGAAUCAAUCUACAUACAUCUUUAUAAAUGAGGACCUCUGUCUUUAUGGAAACCCAUAGUCUAUCACAAUCAUUAACCAAACACAUUUUAGAGCUAAUAAAACAAAGUUACUGGCAUGAGGGCAAAAGUUAGCAUGCUACAAUUCAUCAUGGCAGUUUUUGCUUUUAUGAAUCUCACAUUUCCCCCCUCACUUUUAAUGUAGGAAGAAAUCCAUGGAUUUUAAGAAUUGAGGCCCUAGAGGAUUCCUUUCGAUGCUACUAAGGAUUGGCUUUUUCGAACAGUAACAUUUUGAUAAUGUCUCUCUCUCUCUCUCACACACACACAAUACAAAGUCCUGGUUUAUUUAGUGUUGAUGCUCAAAAUAGAUUUUACAGUCAUUAUAACUGAAAAAUACAGGCAAAACUAAAAACAAAUGCCGUAGGCUCAAACACUUCAUACAAAGGGAAAUAUUAACUUUUAAAUAUAAGCAGCAAAUUCC